AUGCACAUCUCUUUUCUCUAUGUAUAUGAAAAGGUUAUAGCGAAUAUGAGGGUGCUAAUGACAGAAGACUCCAACAAUGCUGUUAGCAACUCUUUCCUUUUGGAUGAUGCCUCAAGCAUUCCUUUCUCGGUUGAUGAUUUAUCAAAGUCGAUGGAGAGAUUUGACAUUGCUGAUAUCGAACCUCCACCUUUAAUCCGGGAGAAUUCUGGAUUAAGCUUUUUAUUGCCCGUCACUGAGUGA